AUGGAUACAAUUUUCUUCUCCAUUUUCAAUUUUUUUCUACUAAUUUCUUCUUGCAAUAUUAUACUAGCGGAUGAAUUUCCGUCGUGGGUUUUGGUUGCCAAUAGGCACCUCCUUCAAUCGACGCCACCAAAAGCUGACAUUGUGGUUGCACAAGACGGCUCCGGAAAUUAUACAACCAUUUCUGAAGCUGUGGCUGCUGCAGCCAAGAAAACUGAUGGAAAAAGAUUGGUUAUCUAUGUUAAGCAAGGAGUUUAUAAAGAAAACGUAGAGAUCAAUAUAUCGAACUUAACAUUUAUUGGAGAUGGAAUGGAUGCUACUAUUAUUACGGGUAAUAGGAGUGCUAGAGAUGGUUUCAAGACUUUUAACACGGCAACUUUCGGUGUCUCCGGAUAUGGAUUCAUAGCUCGGGACAUCACAUUUGAGAACACAGCAGGGCCCGAGAAUAAUCAAUCAGUGGCUCUCCGAUCAAAUUCUCAUAGAUCAGUCUUCUACAACUGUAGCUUUAAAGGCUACCAAGACACAUUAUAUGUCUACAGGAAAGUUCAGUUCUACCGUAAUUGUGACAUUUAUGGAACUGUAGACUUUAUCUUUGGUUAUGCUGCAGUGGUGUUUCAAAACUGUAACAUUUACAUUCGGAAGCCAUUGAGCUACCAAAAGAACACAAUUACGGCACAUGGAAGAAAAUCGUUGGAAGAAAAGACGGGAAUAAUUAUCCACAAUUCUCGUAUUACAGCCGCUGCCGAUAUGAUAGGUGUUAAAUCGAUUGAAAGUUAUUUGGGGCGGCCGUGGGAAAAAUAUUCGAGAACCGUGUUUAUGAAAUGUACAAUCGAUGAAUUGAUUCAUCCCGCUGGUUGGUUGCCGUGGAAUGGUAGUUUUGCUUUGAACACUCUCUAUUAUGGAGAGUAUUUGAAUACGGGAAGUGGGGCAAAUACCAACAGGAGGGUAAAAUGGCCAGGAUAUCAUGUGAUUCAAAACUCAACUGAGGCAUCGAAGUUCACAGUGGAUAAUUUUGUAAGUGGGAAUUCGUGGAUUCCAGCCACCGGAGUGCCAUUUGAGGGAGGGUUGUGAAUAAAAAAAUUAUA